UACGCUUCUCCCCCGGUCGUGUCCAAGGCUCGUGGGAGGCGUGUACGUACCGGUGGCAGUCUGCGCUCGGAAACUAGCGCAAUGACACAAAACGAAGCCCAGGAACUAAACAAGUCCAACCUGUCCAUCUGAGCGACUCAAGAUGUCUUUAGAAAGCAUCGCAAAGAUCAUAAAAGUCCAGCUUCCGGCUUAUCUCAAGAGGCUGCCGCUGCCGGAGACCAUCGGCGGAUUCGCGAGGCUAACAGUGUCUGAGUGGCUCCGGCUGCUGCCUCUCCUGGGCAUCCUGGCUCUGCUGGGCUAUCUGACCAUCCGCCCAUUCCUGCCGAAGAAGAAGAAUCAGAGAGACAGCCUGAUCAACCUGAAGAUCCAGAAAGAGAACCCCAAAGUGGUCAAUGAGAUCGACAUCGAGGACCUGAACAGCGCUAAUGUGUGUUACUGUCGCUGCUGGCGCUCCAAAACUUUUCCCGUUUGUGACAAGUCACAUUUAAAGCACAACGAGCUCACCGGAGACAACGUGGGACCACUCAUACUCAAAAAGAAGAUACUAUAAUCGACCGACGGGAGUUUUCCUCUCACUUCCCCAAUCUUGAGUUUUCACCUCCACACUUUGUAGUUCUGUCUUUUUCUUUUACAAGUCUUGGUGUCAUGUUUGUAUUCGACAAAAUGACCUUCCAGAGUCUGUUGAAAGUGGUCAGAUUGUGUGAUACUGUAUUUUAGGUUCUUUGAUAGAAUUGUGCAGUUAGGAAGGCUUUUGUUUUGUUUUCUUCAUGGCAGUUGUUCACUGCUUUUAUAUGACUAAAUUAAAAUGUAGUCAUGUCUCCGUUUUUGCAAUCGGUUACAACUCAUCGGGACCACUUUGAGGAGAAACCUUGAAACACUUUCAAUAGUUUGAACCCAUCAGUGGAAACAUUUAUUCCUAGUUAAAUGGCUGUUUAAUAAAUGAGAUACUAGUCCAACUUGUUUUGCACAGUAAGUUUUCAUUUUGGACGACUCUUGUGUAUUAUUGAACAGCCACACUCUUGUUUUAAAGCUUUCCUUCUCUUGCUUCAGUUCUUUCUAAGUGCCAAAUACCGCCAGGAUGUGAAAUACUGUCUUAUAAGUUAUUGUGAGCAUAGGAGGCUACUUAUUCUUCAAAUGUAUUUUUUUCAUCGCCUUUAAACACUUGAGUUUUACAUUUUGUAUUAAACUGUUGCCUUCAAACAUUUCAAACCACUGUACUGUUGAAUAAUAUCCACUUAUACACAGUUUUAACCUCACUACCCCUCUGAGUUUUCGAUGUGUGCUGUUUAUUUCUAGCCUCUGUGUAGUCGUUAUGGCUGUAUAUAUAGUUAAACUUCAUGCUGGAGCCUUUUUAAUUCAUCAGCAAUAUUUUAUACACAAAAGGUUUGUGUUGUCAGAUCUGUGUUUGCACGAUGAUGUCUGUGAAUGACUUUGUUUAUGAACCUCUGUAAGGAUGGACUUUCAUUCAUUCUGCAUUUGAAAUGUGACAGUGGAAUAGUCGAAAUGUUUAACUGGACAGUUUUGGCAAAUACAACUGAAACUUCA